AUGACCCAGCCAUCGUUGAAGAGGAAACGGGAGGUGAAAAAUAUAUGCUGCAUUGGGGCUGGCUACGUCGGUGGCCCCAGCGCUGCUGUCAUUGCCAACAAGGCACCACAUCUCAAUGUAACCGUCGUCGACAUUGAUGCUCGCCGGAUAGAAGCAUGGAAUUCAGAGACGCUGCCAGUGUACGAGCCAAACCUCUAUCAACUCGUCAAGCCAGCCCGCGACGGUACCGAAACGCGAAGACCGAACCUCUUCUUCUCCACCAAGAUCGAUGAAAAGAUCAGGGAGGCCGAUGUCGUCUUCAUCGGCGUGAACACUCCUACGAAAAGGACCGGUCUGGGCGCCGGCAAGGCCUCAGAUUUGGGAUGGCUCGAAGCGGCGACUCGACGAGUCGCAAAGGCGGCAGAAAAAGACACAAUUGUGGUUGAGAAAAGCACAGUCCCCUGUGGCACCGCUGAAAGCAUGAGAGAAAUCCUCAUGGCCAAUGCGCAACCUGGGGUACAUUUCGAAGUCUUGUCAAACCCGGAAUUCCUGGCUGAGGGCACGGCCAUCAAGAAUUUACUACACCCAGACCGUAUUCUGAUCGGGAGCUUGGACACUGAGGCCGGCUAUUCGGCAGCAGAGUCGCUUGUGGACGUCUAUGCCAACUGGAUACCUCGCGAAAAGCUCAUAACGAUGAACCUAUGGUCCUCAGAACUAGCCAAACUCGCGGCGAAUGCUAUGCUCGCCCAGCGCAUCUCCAGCAUUAAUGCUUUUUCCUCGAUAUGUGAAGCAGUGUCAGCGAACAUCCAAGACGUGGCAUAUGCGGUCGGCCUCGACAGCAGGAUCGGACCCAAGAUGAUGAAUGCUUCCGUCGGCUUUGGCGGGAGCUGCUUCAAGAAGGACAUUUUGAACCUCGUAUACAUCUCGGAAAGCUUAAACUUACCAGAGGUCGCGGCUUAUUGGCAUUCAGUCAUCGCCAUCAACGAAUAUCAGAAGGAUAGAUUUGUGCGACGAAUCGUGAAAGCGAUGCACAGCACCCUGUACCAAAAGAAGAUUGCUAUUCUGGGAUUUGCAUACAAGAAGGACACAGGCGAUACUCGCGAGUCUGCCGCGAUUGAUGUGGUUACGGCGCUAUUGGCAGAGAACGCCACCAUUCACAUCUUCGACCACAAUCCGUACGACGCAUGCCAGGACGCACACGGCGUUGUGAUACUGACGGAGUGGGACAUGUUUAGCAACAAAAACGUGAAAGUUGGCCCGUCCUCGGCGAAUCCGCUGCUGAACGUCACCAAUAAGCAGCUCAAUGGCUCAAUGGCCACAUCGCCUCGGAGACGAACGGCACGAAUGGGACCCUGUCGACCAGCAGCUCAUACAAUGAUGGUGGCGAACAUAAUGGACAAGCCAAUGUAUGUCUUCGAUGGGAGGAAUACGAUCGACGUCGGCGCGUUGGAGCAGUUGGGGUUCCAGGUGGAGGCGAUUGGUGUGGCUUCGGCAGCGAGCAUUGCGAUGGCCAAGUAA